GUCAGAUCUCUUCAUUUUCUCUCUCUACUUUUCUACAGCUUUCUCUCUCUAGAAAGUUCCAGUUUUUAUCUUCAGAAAAAAAAAAGAGGGAGGGGAAAAAGGCAGGACACAGAAUAUAGCGCAGAACAGAAAUGUUGGAGACGAAAGACCCGGCGAUCAAGUUAUUUGGUAAGACGAUUCCUUUGCCUGAGGUAUUUCAAGGAGCUGCUGCUGCUGCUGCAGCUGCUUCUUCUGGUGAUGAUGAUCUUGAUCAAGAUGAGCAGCGAGUUUGCUCAACGAGUUCUUCACCAGAGGAUAAUAGCAACAAUGGAGUUGAGGAGAGAGAAGACCAAAAGGAUAUGCUGGGAGAUAAAGAUGCUGAGAUAAAACAAGAAGUUAAAGGUGGAAAGGAAGAUGAAGAUGUGGCCAAACAUGAAGAUGAAGUGGCAAUGGUUACUUCUGAGGAGUCAGCCAAUCCAGAAGCUAACUCAGGGCCAAAUGAGAACUCAAAAACCCCUUCAGCUGAGAAGGAAAGCUCUGCAUCAAAAACUUCAAAAACAGAUGAGGAUCAAAGUGAAACAAGUAAUUCACAGGAAAAGACAUUGAAGAAGCCUGACAAGAUUCUUCCAUGCCCACGCUGUAAUAGUAUGGAUACCAAGUUCUGUUACUACAACAACUAUAAUGUCAACCAGCCCAGACACUUUUGCAAGAACUGCCAGAGAUACUGGACAGCUGGUGGGACCAUGAGGAACGUGCCUGUUGGUGCUGGACGUCGCAAGAACAAGAACUCAGUUUCUCACCACCGUCACGUAACUGUUUCUGAAGCACUUCAAAAUGCCAGAACUGAUGUUCCAAAUGGACUCCACCAUCCUGCACUAAAUCCUCAUGGUAGAGUUCUCACUUUUGGCUCUGACACACCCCUUUGUGAAUCAAUGGCUUCCGUUUUGAACCUUGCAGAUAAGACAAUGAGGAAUUGCGCACGAAAUGGAUUUCAUAAGCCUGAAGAAUUAAAGAUUCCAGUUUCUUAUCAAGGUGGAGAAAAUGCUGGUGAGCAUUCAAAUGGAUCUUCUGUCCUGGCUUCAAUUUCAAAGGAUGAGGUGGGCAAAGCCAGGUUGCAAGAUCAAAUGGUACGGCCCUGUCAGGGUUUCCCACCUCAUAUACCAUGCUAUCCUGGGGCUCCUUGGCCUUACCCAUGGAAUUCAACUCAGUGGAGCUCUCCAGUACCCCCACCUGCUUUCUGCCCCCCUGGUUUUCCCAUGCCAUUCUAUCCUGCAGCAGCUUACUGGGGUUGUACUGUGCCAGGCACAUGGGGUGUACCUUGGGUUCCUCAAUCAUCUUCCCCAAAGCAAACUGCUUCAAGCUCUGCUCCUAAUUCCCCCACGUUGGGGAAACAUUCAAGAGAUGAGAGCACGGGCAAACCAAGCAACUCUGAAGAAGAGGAGCCAGUAAAAGAAAGUAAUUCUGAGAGAUGCCUCUGGAUUCCAAAAACAUUGAGGAUUGAUGAUCCAGGAGAAGCUGCAAGGAGCUCCAUAUGGGCAACACUAGGAAUUAAGAAUGACAAGGUCAAUCCAAUAGGUGGUGGAGGACUCUUCAAGGCAUUUCAGUCCAAAGGUGAUGACAAGAAUCCAGUUCUUGAAGCCUCUCCUGUCUUACAAGCAAAUCCAGCAGCAUUGUCCCGGUCAAUCAACUUCCAUGAAAGUUCAUAAAGUCUGUAGGUUAUGAUUUUGAAUUGGUUCUUGGCAGUGCAUGGUAGCUCAGUCUUCAACUAAUCCCCACAAUAUCCUCAAAUCAGUAGAUCACUGAGGUUGCAUUCAUCACCACCCCCAUUUAUACCCUUCAAGAGCAGGGCAGAGUAGGAUAAGAGGAGGAUUUCCUGUAGCUUCCUCGCAAGGUAGAGUGCUUAGCUGAAGUAUAAACUGAUUUUCAUCCCCUUUUUUGAAUGCCCGUUUUAAGCAGGUACUUCUGGUUUUCAGUUUGUUUGCAAGUUCAUGUACAUAACUAUAUAUGAAGAACGGUGAGAGUUUGGAGAGUUACGUUCUGUACCAUAAACCCAGUUGUACUUAAAUAAAAUUGGAAACUGGAGUCAAUCUUAUUGUUUUUUUAUUUUUUUUGGCCUUAAUCUUCUUAUUGUUAUUCCACCCUUUUUACUAAUAUAAACUUAGACUUUUC